AUGGCGGACAACGACAGCCCCGUUACCCUGCGAACCCGCAAGUUCAUCCGGAACCCUCUGCUGGGCCGCAAGCAGAUGGUCGUCGACAUCCUCCACCCCAGCCGGGCCAACAUCUCCAAGGAGGAGCUCCGGGAGAAGCUGGGCGGCAUGUACAAGGCCCAGAAGGGCCAGGUCCAGGUCUUUGGCCUGCGCACUCAGUUCGGCGGCGGCAAGACGACGGGCUUUGCCCUCGUCUACGACUCCCCCGAGGCCAUGAAGAAGUUUGAGCCUGCAUACCGCCUGGUCCGCGUCGGCAUGGCCACCAAACGCGAGCGCGCCAGCAGACAGCAGCGCAAGCAGCGCAAGAACCGACAAAAGACGCUGCGCGGCACGGCAAAGGUCAAGGGCGCCAAGGCGAAGAAGGAGAAAUAG